UAUGGAUUUGUACGACGACACCCCGGAGGUGGUUGGUGCGGGUGAAAAUGAUGAAAAGGUAAAGAAAAGAGUCACAAUUGACGAUAAAAAUGACAUCAAGUUUAUCAAUGUGGAAAACGAAAAGGAAGAGCCCAAACAGAAAAGUGAGUUCAUUAGAAACCUUGAAUUGAUUGGUUGGCCAUGGAAAAUUUCUGGUACGGUGUUUCUGAUUGGUUUGUUGUUUCACGUGAUCGCGUUUGGAACUCCUGAUUGGUUGAACACUUUUGACGCAAGCGGAAAUGACGUCAUGCAUGUAGGAAUAUGGAGCGCGUGUGUGCUUAUUAGCAAUUGCACUUUCCGAUCGGAGACAUCAACUUGCCUUAAUGCGGUACGUACGUUUGGCGGCUUAGGUGUCGUCUGCUGUCUAGUUGUUCUUGUGCUGCUUGUCUGCUACAUCCGAAACGAGGCGGGAAGGCGGGGCAUAAGCAGAGGGGUUGUCGCUAACUGCUUUGUAGCAGCUCUGGCCAUUCAAAUAGAAUCUUCCUUAUUCUGGAGGUCAGGCGCAUGCGCAUACAGUGACAUCACAGGAGCUACAACUAAACAGUGGGCGUGGUCUAUUGCGCUGUCAUUCGUUUCCGUUGUGUUAAUAUUAGCAGCAGGGUUGUCGUUCUUGGCUAUAGAACUGAUAUCAAUUUCCCGUGAAAAAAAUAAAGCGAGACCUUGGAAGGGCAAAGGUUUUAACAUCACGUAAACGACUUCAAGCUGUACUCUUACAGAUUGACAAUUUGACAACUUUUCUUUGAAUUCUAGUAUUGAAAUGAACCAUUUUUUGCGCAAACGACUGGUAUAAGACUACUGACAAAAGAUCAGAUCGUAGCUUUUCAUAGUUAUGUUUGGUCACUAUUUUUAUGGCUUAAAGACUUACGUUGUUUUAUUUUUUUAAAAAUCCAUCAGUUUCCCCAAACAAUUGAGAUCUCGUCUAUUGUGAGUCAUCUUAAUAUAUGACUGAAUUGAAGACCUUCAUACCAAAAUCAGUUGAUUCAGAGUCAAAAGCUAAAUGAAAAUGUAAAAA